CACCGUCGGAACUUAUCAGUGUGACAUCCAGCGGAAGUAAACAACACAAGCGCCUGUAUCGUCAGCUGCUCGCACGUGUGGAGCUGGCUGUAAAAAACGAUAUUGUAGACGUUGCGGAGGUAAUUAUUCCAACAAUGUCCUCAGUUGAGUCUUUGAGAGAGUUUGUCACCGAGCGACUCACUGCCGCUGCUCAAGAAAUAUUCGGAGUCUUUGAAAAAACUAUCUUCCAGUACGAGGAAGAGGUCGACCGUCAGCGCAGACUGCUGGAUGUCGUUUGGAAACCUGCAAUAAAGCUACACAGGAUAGAGCUCCCAAAGCAACAUGUCUGUGAGGAGGAGGAGGUUCUCUCUGACCAGCAGCUCUGUGUUCAGGAGAGGAACUCCAGUCUGGACCAAGAGGACCCAGAGCCUCCACAGGUUAAAGAGGAACAGGAGGAACCCUGCACCAGUCAGGAGGGAGAGCAGCUUGAACUGAAGCAGGAGACUGAGACCUUUGUGUUGACUCCUAGUGAUGAGGAAAGUGACCACGGUAAAGAUCAGACUCUGAACAUGAGUAUUGAUGAAAAUCAGAGCGUGGUGGAAGAAACACCUCUAGGCUACACUUCAGUUGAAAGCUCUGUAGUACCGGAACCAAACGAGGACCACCAGCUCCUCUCACACAACUCUCAUGCAGAUAAAAGCCAAGAUCAGAAAGGAGGCGAGCAUGGAUCCUCUGAAUCCACUAGUAAUGCAGAGCCAAAACCGUUAUUCAAGUGCGACACAUGUGCGAAAGAAUUCAAGUUUAAGUCUAGUUUUUACAGACAUCUGAGAACACACACAGGUGAGAAGCCAUAUUCUUGCAACGAAUGUGGGAAACGAUUCAGUCAGAAAGCAACAUUGAAACCUCAUAUGAAAAUCCACACAGGUGAGAACAUGAAGCCACAUUCUUGCAAAACAUGUGAAAAGACUUUUCCAUCUAAUAGUCAGUUGCUGGUCCACAUGAGAAAACACACAGGUGAGAAGCCAUAUUCUUGCAAUGUAUGUGGGAAAGGAUUCAGUGUGAAAUCAUCAUUGACCUUUCACAUGAAAAUCCACACAGAGGAGAACUUCAAGCCACAUUCUUGCAAAACAUGUGGAAAAGAUUUUCGACAUAGUGGUAACUUGGUGGUCCACAUGAGAACACACACAGGUGAAAAGCCAUAUUCUUGCGAAACCUGUGGAAAAGAUUUUCGACAUAGCAGUGUCUUAUUGGUUCACACGAGAAGAGCCCACAAGGGGGAAAAACCGUUCAUCUGCAAGACCUGCGGGAACAGAUACUUAGCUGCGUUUCAAUUGGCAAGGCAUGUAAGAUGGCAUACAGACAAGUAUGUGACAUCCAGCGGAAGUAAACAACACAAGCGCCUGUAUCGUCAGCUGCUCGCACGUGUGGAGCUGGCUGUAAAAAACGAUAUUGUAGACGUUGCGGAGUUUAAGUCUGGUUUUUACAGACAUCUGAGAACACACACAGGUGAGAAGCCAUAUUCUUGCAACGAAUGUGGGAAACGAUUCAGUCAGAAAGCAGCAUUGAAACUUCAUAUGAAAAUCCACACAGGUGAGAACAUGAAGCCACAUUCUUGCAAAACAUGUGAAAAGACUUUUACAUCUAAUAGUCAGUUGCUGGUCCACAUGAGAAAACACACAGGUGAGAAGCCAUAUUCUUGCAAUGUAUGUGGGAAAGGAUUCAGUGUGAAAUCAUCAUUGACCUUUCACAUGAAAAUCCACACAGAGGAGAACUUCAAGCCACAUUCUUGCAAAACAUGUGGAAAAGAUUUUCGACUUAAAAGUCACUUGGUGGUUCACAUGAGAACACACACAGGUGAGAAGCCACAUUCUUGCAACGUAUGUGGGAAACGAUUCAGUCAGAAAGCAACAUUGACCAUUCAUAUGAUAAUCCACACAGGGGAGAACUUCAAGCCAUAUUCUUGCAAAACAUGUGGAACAGAUUUUCGACAUAGUAGUAACUUGGUGCGCCACAUGAGAACACACACAGGCGAGAAGCCGUAUUCUUGCAAAACCUGUGGAAAAGAUUUUCGACGUAAUAGUCAGUUGGCGGUCCACAUGAGAACACACACAGGCGAGAAGCCGUAUUCUUGCAAAACUGGAAAAGAUUUUCGACGUAAUAGUCACUUGGUGGUUCACAUGAGACACACAGGUGAGAAGCCAUAUUCUUGCAACGAAUGUGGGAAACGAUUCAGUCAGAAAUCAUCAGUGAAAGGUCAUAUGAAAAUCCACACAGAGGAGAAUUUCAAGCCAUAUUCUUGCAAAACAUGUGGAAAAGAUUUUCGACGUAAUAGUAACUUGGUGGUCCACAUGAGAACACACACAGGUGAAAAGCCAUAUUCUUGCGAAACCUGUGGAAAAGAUUUUCGACAUAGCAGUGUCUUAUUGGUUCACACGAGAAGAGCCCACAAGGGGGAGAAACCGUUCAUCUGCAAGACCUGCAGGAACAGAUACUUAGCUACGUUUCAAUUGUCAAGGCAUGUAAGAUGGCAUACAGACAAGUAGCCUUUUAGUUGGAAGAUACAUGGGAGCUCACUCAGUUCUUGAGUUCGUAAUUCCUGCAAAUGUUUGACAAAUUUGAUUUUUCUUUUGGUUUUAGAAUUGGUAUAUACUUAAGUAAUAUGAGUGGAUUGUGAACACAGAUGUUUAGCUUGAGAAACACUCUCUGUAUUGUUGAGUCAGUUAUGUUGUCAUCAUUACAAUGAGACAACUUUUCUUUUUUUGUCUACAAUGUGUCAUUUAUUUAAUAUUUUUAUGUUGUUUUGGAUUUUAUAGGUGGCACAGAAACAAAAAUUGUAGAUGGAGUGCUACAUGGUGCUGUCACAAAUCAGCCAAAGCAAUAGUAAUGAAAAGUGAAUGAAUUGUAAUGAUCAGUGCUCAAAGGGAAGUGAGCAAUGAAACUGUUUUUUGAUCUCAUGUAUGUAUUCUAACAACAAAGCUUCGUGAGGUGAUGACCAGUCAUUGUGAAGAAUUGUUCUUUUACGAGUGUUAAGUUAUACCACGCAAGAGGUGUUUUAAUGUUGCAAAUCACCGGCUUUAGAUGGUUCAUUUUUGAUUUAAUACCGUAGCUGAUGCAUAUCAAUAGUUUGAGCAGUGGAGCUGCCUCGAGUUGAGCAAGAUGUGGUGGAAUGUAACUGCAUGUACUCCAAUGCUGUAUUGAUGA